CCCGCAUAUAUGCAUAUAACAAUUGAAAGUUGAGCAGUUCCCAUAUCCAAAACCCAAACAUCAUCAUCAACAUAACAAUGGCCACAAAUUUUGCUUCAAGAUCAAUUUUCUUCUCUCAUUCCAUCAAACACCCCUUCUUUCCAUUCACACCCCCUCUUUCUUAUUCACACCUCCCCUUUUCUCUUCCACUCCGUUUCACAAGAACAACAUGCACUCUCCAACACCAACAUCACCAACAACCUCAAACCACUCGAAAUGUCAUCAGAAUCCUCGAAGAAAGAGGGUUACUAGACUCAUUAACAAAUGAUUCUCUUAGAAGCAUUUCAUCAAACACCAUCAAUGCACCCUUAAAAGUCUACUGUGGAUUCGAUCCAACUGCUGAAAGCUUGCAUUUGGGCAACCUGUUGGGUCUCAUUGUCCUCUCAUGGUUCCGCCGCUCCGGCCAUAACGUUGUGGCAUUGAUCGGUGGCGCGACAGCGCGUGUCGGUGACCCGUCUGGGAAAAACAUCGAAAGACCCCAGCUGGAUGGUGAAACUUUGGAGAGGAAUACUGUUGGGAUUGAAAACACCAUCAGAACAAUCUUGGGUCGUUCUCAAAAUCCAAACUUUAAAGAGUUGAAUGUGAAUGGUAAUGAAUUUUGUGAUGAUUCUGUUGUGGUUUUGAAUAAUUAUGAUUGGUGGAAAGAGUUUAGUUUAUUGGAUUUUCUGAAAAGGGUUGGUAAAUAUGCUAGAGUAGGUUCAAUGAUGGCUAAGGAGAGUGUUAGGAAGAGAUUAGAAUCUGAACAAGGAAUGAGUUAUACUGAAUUUACUUAUCAGUUAUUGCAAGGUUAUGAUUUUUUGCAUCUGUUUCAGAAUGAGGGUGUUAAUGUUCAAAUUGGGGGUAGUGAUCAAUGGGGUAAUAUAACUGCUGGAACUGAGUUGAUCAGGAAGAUAUUACAGGUAGAAGGUGGUACCUAUGGUUUAACAUUUCCUCUUUUGUUGAAAAGUGAUGGUACGAAAUUCGGUAAGUCGGAGGAUGGUGCAAUUUGGUUGUCUCCGUCGAUGUUAUCUCCGUAUAAGUUUUAUCAGUAUUUUUUCUCGGUUCCGGAUGCUGAUGUUGUUAGGUUUUUGAAAAUUCUUACUUUUUUGGAUAUUGAUGAGAUAGUUAAGUUGGAGGAAGAGAUUAAGAAACCUGGAUAUGUGCCAAAUACUGCUCAGCGGAGACUUGCCGAAGAAGUUACCAAAUUUGUUCAUGGGGAAGAUGGUUUGAACGAAGCUCUUAGGGCGACUGAAGCGUUGAGGCCGGGAUCUGAGACAAAGUUGGACUGGAAAACUAUUGAGGGGAUUGCUGAGGAUGUUCCGUCUUGUUCUUUAGCUUAUGACGAUGUUUUGAAUCAGUCUUUGGUUGAUCUUUCUGUUUCUUCUGGUUUGUUUGACAGCAAAUCUGCUGCGCGCCGGUUGUUAAAGCAAGGAGGUGUUUACUUGAAUAACAGCAGAGUAGAUAGUGAAAAUAAGAGGAUUGAGGUAGCUGAUAUAGUGGAUGGUAAAGUUCUCCUUUUAUCUGCGGGAAAAAAGAAUAAGGUGCUAGUGCGAAUAGCAUAAUAGGAUUUAUUAGAUGAUUAUUCUUUGUAGAGGGUUUCAUUUAUUCUAUGAGUUUGUUUUGUGCUCAGUGAACCUUUGAUUUUUGUGCUACACAGUAAGUUGAGUUAUUCAUCAAACAUGUGUUUUUAUCGGUAACUGGCAGCCUCUUACUGUCAUGACAUGAGCGACAUUGUAUGCUUGUGACAUUUGUUACUUAGUUCCAUUAUUAAUAAACUUUGCAGCUGUUUACUAA